AUGAAGGGCGUUCACUUUGGAGGCGGCAACAUCGGCCGUGGCUUCGUCGCCGAAUUCCUUCACGACUCUGGUUACGAGGUCGUUUUCAUUGACGUCGUCGAGGACCUUACCUAUGCCCUUCAACACACCACCGACUACACUGUCACUGAGAUUGGCCCCGAUGGCGAAGUGAAGCACAUCAUCGACAACUACCGGUGCAUCAACUCGAAGCAAGACCCCCAGGCGGUCGUCGAUGAGAUCGCCACUGCCGACAUCGUCACCUGCUCCGUCGGUCCUCGCGUCAUGAAGUUCAUCGCCGAGCCCAUCGCCAAGGGUAUCGCUGCCCGCCACGCCAACCUCAAGCCACUCGCUGUCAUCGCUUGCGAGAACGCCAUUGGCGCUACCGACACUCUCCGCGACUUCAUUUUCACCCACCUCGCUGACGACAAGAAGAGCAAGAUCGACAACCUCGCCCAGUUCGCCAACUCGGCUAUUGACCGCAUUGUGCCAAACCAGGGUGACAACAAGGGUCUCGACGUCAAGAUUGAGAAAUUCUUCGAGUGGUGUGUCGAGGUCCUUCCAUUCAAGGGUUCCCCACCCCCGAUCGAAGGCAUCCACUUCGUCGAGGAGCUUCAACCGUACAUCGAGCGCAAGCUCUUCACUGUCAACACCGGUCACGCCACUGCCGCUUACUACGGCCACCAAGCUGGCAAGACCUACAUCCACGACGUUCUCGAAGACCCGAAACUCCACGCCAUCGUCAAGGGUGUCCUCGCCGAGACGGCCCACCUCAUCGUCAAGAAGUUCAGCCACAUCUCAAAACAAGAGCAGGACGAAUAUGUCGAGACCAUCAUCAAACGUAUCAGCAACCCUGUUCUCAAGGACAACGUCGAGCGUGUCGGCCGUUGCCCGCUUCGCAAGCUGAGCCGCAACGAGCGCUUCAUCGGUCCCGCCGCUUACCUCGCCGAGGAAGGCGACAAGGCCGACUGCCUUCUAGGUAGCAUCGAGCAGGCCUUCCGCUUCCAGGACGUCGAGGGUGACGAGGAAUCGUUCGAGCUCGGCAAGAUCAUGCGCUCCAAGUCAUCAGAAGAGAUUGUCAAGGAGGUCUGCGGCCUGGAGAACUCACAUAAGCUCUUCCCCAAGGUCGAGACCAUCGUCAAGAAGGUCAAGGCCGACAUGGGCCUAUAG